GGCUGCAGAAAAGUCACAAGACCAGUCAGCUGAAUUUCGGUGCUGUGUCGCAGUAGUGUGAAAAACACUCGGUUAUAUUUGAUAGAUUUUCAUAAAUUCUGUGCUUGAAUUUGUGUGUGCCGAGCGUCGUCGCAAGAAAGCCCUCAAAAUGACUACCGCCUUGUAUUUGCCCGAGGAAAACAUUGAUAUGAUUGCUGCCACCUCGGUGCUGCAGCAGCAGGCGGCGGACAUCCGCACCAGGACGAUCAACUGGGCAUCCUACAUGCAGUCGCAGAUGAUCAGCGAGGAGGACUACAAGGCAAUCAGCGCAUUGGACAAGUCACGUGCCAGCUACUUGGCCCAGAACUCCAGCCAGGUGGUCAAGACGCUGCUUAAUCUGGUUUCGCAUCUGUCGAAGGACUCCACCAUCCAAUACAUCCUUGUGCUGCUCGACGAUCUGCUGCAGGAGGAUCGCUCCCGCGUGGAUUUGUUUCACGAGACAGCCGGCAAGCUGAAGCAGUGCAUCUGGGGUCCGUUCCUGAACCUGCUGAACCGUCAGGAUGGCUUUAUUGUCAACAUGUCGUCGCGCAUCCUGGCCAAGUUCGCCUGCUGGGGCCAUGAGACCAUGCCCAAGUCCGACCUGAACUUCUAUCUGCAGUUCCUGAAGGAUCAGCUGGCCACCAAUGGUUUAGCAUAUCUGCAAGAGAUGGCCCAGCUGGCCAAGCGGACACAAACGAUCCUUGUGCACACGCAUGGACUGCAUGGCAAAGACAAAGACCACCAUGGCCACCAGUACAGUCCCUCACUGGCCCAGCUGCAGCAGCAGCACGAGCUGGCCGAGAGGGCCAACGAGAGCUAUCGCGAGGUGGGCGUUGGCAGUGAUUCCCAGCAGCAGGAUGGCAAAUGUGUGAUACCGAACAACGAAUACAUCCAGUCGGUGGCCCGGUGCCUGCAGAUGAUGCUCCGCGUGGAUGAGUAUCGAUUUGCCUUUGUGGGAGUCGACGGAAUCAGCACUCUGAUCCGUAUCCUGUCCACCCGUGUCAACUUCCAGGUGCAAUACCAGUUGAUCUUCUGCCUGUGGGUGCUGACCUUCAAUCCCCUGCUGGCCGCCAAGAUGAACAAGUUCAGCGUGAUCCCCAUCCUGGCUGACAUCCUCAGCGAUUGUGCCAAGGAGAAGGUGACACGCAUUAUCCUCGCGGUCUUCCGCAAUCUGAUUGAGAAGCCGGAGGAUUCAUCGGUGGCCAAGGACCAUUGCAUCGCCAUGGUCCAGUGCAAGGUGCUGAAGCAGCUAUCCAUCCUGGAGCAGCGUCGCUUCGACGACGAGGACAUUACAUCCGACGUAGAGUACCUGAGCGAGAAGCUCCAGAACUCGGUGCAAGACCUGAGCUCCUUCGAUGAGUACGCCACAGAGGUGCGAAGCGGUCGCUUGGAAUGGUCGCCUGUCCACAAGUCGGCCAAGUUCUGGCGCGAGAAUGCCCAGCGCCUGAACGAGAAGAACUACGAGCUGCUGCGUAUCCUCGUCCACCUGCUGGAAACCUCGAAUGAUGGCAUCAUCCUUUCCGUCGCCUGCUUUGACAUCGGAGAGUAUGUGCGUCACUAUCUACGCGGCAAGCACGUCCUAGAACAACUGGGAGGCAAGCAGAUCGUAAUGCAGCAUCUUGGCCACAAGGACCCCAAUGUGCGAUACGAAGCCCUGCUGGCCGUGCAAAAGCUGAUGGUACACAACUGGGAAUACCUGGGCAAGGAGCUGGAGAAGCAAAACGAAUUCCAGAAACAUGGUGACGCCCCUAUCUCUGGCAAGGCCUAGAUGGUCCAAUCAACAAGUCAUCCAUGCACAGGCACAGAACUAAUAUUAUUCUAGCCAGGCCGCCAGCCUGAGACCUUAACUAACAAUAAGAGUCGUAGGGGGAUCUAUAUAUCCAGCCAGAUCCUUUGCUUCUCCAUCACACUUACAAUGAUGUUUGUUCUUGCUAUCUUUAAGCGCAUGUUUGUUCCCCCGUUUAAACUAAGUUUUUGUUAGCCCAUACCAUACGCCCUCAGUUCUUCGAAAGUAUUGAGAGAACAAUUUGAUUUUUUGUUGGCAUUCCAAAAAGCAAUUCACUGUAAUGGCAGAGCAAAUACAAGCAGCUAUCCUCUACAAAUUGUUCCAUUCAAUUCGAUUGUUUAUAUAUUUUGUUGUUAUUAUUAUUUGUGUUCUUAGUUUUAUGAGUGCGCCGCUGUACAGAGUUUUUCUAACCCAGAUCAUAUGCGCUUUCUACAUUUAAAAUCGCAUCUGCGCACCCACAUCUA